UUCUGAGCUGGCGGCAUAACGAAGGGAUCUCCCAGUCUCUACCCUGGAGGACCUCAGGGAGGGCCAACUCGAGGACUUCAGGCCUGCACUCAGCUCCUGGUGAAGCCGGGAUACAGAAAAAUCAGGAUACAAAAAACCCAACUGUCUGAACCUCAUGGACCUGCGUGUCAGUUUGUUGCGCAAGGACUUUGCCUUGGAUGUGAAGCUCAAAACACUGCAAAAACACCACUUGCUCGACGUGGCCGAAGACCUUGCCGCUGAUAUUGGGCAGCAUUUUAUUGAGCGGUUUCGCUCCAUCCUGAUCCAGAGGACCCGGGAGGUGAAUAGCGUCCUGGAUGAUCUCCGCACAGACAUCCUGAGCCAGGAGCAGUACGAUGCCAUCCGCAGCAAGGGCACCAAGCAGGAGCAGAUGCGCGAGUUGUACGACCUGCUGCCGGGCUGGGAUCAGGAGAGAAAGGACCGGGUCUACAAGACGCUGAAGAAACAUAACAAGUCUCUCAUUCGGGAGCUGCGCGGGAAAUAACAGAGGGGCUUGUUACAACUGAUGCUGCAACCUGCACAAAUGUCCAUUGGAUUAGUGCUAGCAUGGAGUUUGGAGCACUGGCUUCCAGUGGGGUGGGGUGGGGAUGUAACUGGGAAACCAAAAGUUCACAGGAAGUGGAAGAGAAAUGGUGGGGAGGGGAAGGAAGGCUGAGAUGCUGUAAGGCAGCCCUUGUGAGGGGUAAAAUUAAAGAUAGAGGAAAGAAUUAAUCAAUCAUUAAAGGGAAAGCAAAUGAAAGAAAGUCUCAUUUUGAAGAAUUAGGAUUGCCAAGUAAGGGGUUGGGAGGGGGUGGUCAUGUUUGCAAGGGAUGUAGGGUGUAGUAAGGAAAGGCACUUCUGGGGAGCUAUUGCCUCUGCCUUGGGAAGGAAAACUCAGCAGAUGCCAAGUCUGUUGGUUGUCAUGACCCAAAGGUAUGAUUCUGUGUGUGCUUCGGCACCAGAAUUAUCCCCGCCAGCUUGCAGCUUCGUUGCACAGUGGAGUUUUCUGCUGCAGAGGAGAACCCCGGUGCAAGGAAGAGU